AUGGACACACUUCUAAAAAGUGUCGAUGACAUUACAGCAGAGCUUUACCGACAGUUGGAUGAAGAUGAUUUAUCCGAUGCCGAUGAUUCGUCGAGUGAAACAGAAGAUCAUGUUUUAGAAAACGAUAACGUCAUAGCAGACGACUUUCAAUUAUCGUCUGACGAAGAGUAUGAUGAAGAAAUAGAGGCAGAUCGUGAGUUUUUUUUGGGAAAAGACCAAGAAACUAUUUGGUCAUCUCAACCACUUAGCUCAAAGUACUCCAGAACUCCUAGUCGUAAUCUAGUUAUACGCUUGCCCGGGCCGAAAGGGGACGCGAAAGGUGAACUCAAAGAGGUCAAUUGUUUUUCUCUUUUUUUGACAAAUUAUAUGAUUGAAAAAAUUGUCCAAUAUACGAACGAAGAAAUCGCGAUUAGAUCUCAAAAUUAUACAACUAAACAGUAUUAUUUAGGACCCACUAAUGUCGUUGAAAUUCGGGCAAUUAUCGGACUUUAUUUGAAAGCAGGGAUAUAUCAUGGAAUAUCCAUGGCCGAUUCAUUCUCGGUUGAAAACGGUCCUUCAUUAUUCCGUGCGGUAAUGUCAUUCAAUCGUUUUAAAUUUUUGACAUAUUGUUUGCGGUUUGAUAGCAAAUCAACGAGAAACGAGCGACGAUUGGUUGACAAGUUCGCUGCAUUUCGAGAGAUGUGGGACUUAUUUACUAUUCAGUGUAAAAAUAAUUACACCCCUUCGGAAUAUGUCACUGUAGACGAAACAUUAUUGUCAUUUCGAGGACGAUGUCCAUUUAAAAUGUACCUACCAGCAAAACCAGACAAGUACGGUCUCAAAAUUAUUUCUAUCUGCGAUGCCAAAACUUUUUAUUUUUAUGGAGGAAUCCCGUAUAUUGGCAAAGAAACACGCAACCGAAAUGAUCUACUUAUACCUACCCAAUAUGUUCUGAACCUAGUGGAACCAAUCAUGGGAACAAACAGAAAUGUCACAACCGACAACUGGUUCACCUCUAUUGAAUUAGCAGAACAGUUACGUGUUAAAAAAUUGAAAUUAGUAGGUACAUUGAGGAAAAAUAAACGCGAAGUUCCUCCACACAUGCUAGUCGUAAAAAAUUUACCACCGAUGACCACAAGAUUUCUGCAUGCACCUGAAAUGACAUUGUUGUCUUUCUCAAAAACCAAAAAUAAAAACGUUUUAGUGCUUUCGACAAUGCAUGAAACUGAGACGAUAAACGAAAUAUCGAAAAAACCGGAACAAAUCGAAUUCUACAAUAAAACAAAAGGAGGUGUUGAUGUAUUUGACAAACUUUGCCACCAAUAUUCUUCAACCAGAAAAACCAACCGAUGGCCAUUACGAUAUUUUUAUGGACUUUUGGAUGCAGCCGCUGUAAAUGGAUACGUCAUUUUCAAACACAAUAACUUGAACCAAGACAAACGUUUUAUACGAUCAAAAUUCAUAACAACAUUAGCGUUUCAAUUGCUGGAACCACAAUUGAAAGUACGCCAAGAAUGCCCCUUUUUACCAAAGGAUUUGAAAGGAACUAUUGAAAAAAUAUUGAAAAUACAACCAAUUGAAAGUGCACCAUCUGGAAUAAAUCGUCACCGCGGUCGUUGUGAAUUUUGCCGAAAAAUGUCUGUGGACCGUAAAGGCACUUCAAACUGCACUAAGUGCCAUGGGAGUUUAUGCGCCCAGCAUAGGCUAAGCAUAUGUUCAACAUGUGACCUAAAAUAUCAGUUAUUAGAAGAAGAAAGUAUGAUGGAAUAA